AUGGGCAUCUCAGGCCUCCUUCCGCUACUCAAGUCGGUUCAGCAACCAUGUACUCUCAAGAAAUACGCCGGCAAGACGAUAGGCGUCGACACCUAUGGCUGGCUCCACCGCGCUACCGCGACCUGUGCGAUUGACCUGGCGCUCGAAAAGCCGACGACCAAAUAUGUCGACUUCGUCAUGCACCGCGUCCGCAUGCUCAUCCACUUCGGCGUCACCCCCUACCUUGUAUUCGACGGAGACAACCUACCGAGCAAAGCUGGCACAGAGAAAGACCGAAGGGAACGAAGAAAGGAGGGCAAGAGGCUCGGGCUGGAACUCCUCAAGGUCGGAAAGACGGCACAGGCGCAACAGGAAUUGCAGAAGAGCGUGGACGUGACACCGGAAAUGGCGCGGAUGGUCAUCGAAGAACUGAAGCAGCACAACAUCGAGUACGUCGUCGCGCCUUACGAAGCUGAUUCGCAGCUCGCAUACCUGGAGCGGAAGGGCAUCAUUCAUGGGGUCUUGUCCGAAGACUCCGACCUACUCGUCUUUGGCGUCAAGUGCCUGAUAACAAAGCUGGACAAAUACGGAGAAUGCAUCGAGGUCAACCGGAAUCAUUUCACUGCCUGCAGGGAGGUCAGCUUCGUGGGAUGGUCUGACGCCGACUUCCGAAGAAUGUGUAUCCUGAGCGGUUGUGAUUAUCUCUCAGGUAUUGGUGGACUUGGCCUGAAGACUGCCCAUCGAAUGUUGCGGAAGCACAAGACUGUCGACCGUCUAGUCAAAGCUGCGCAAUACGACGGCAAGCUCAAGGUGCCCGCUGGCUUCUUGGAGUUGUUUGACCAGGCUGAGAAAACCUUCCUUUACCAAUGGGUCUACUGUCCGGUCGCCAAGCAGCUGGUCAAUCUUACGCCACUCGAAGAAGGGGUUGAUCUCGCCGAUAUGCCCUAUAUCGGAGAGGAGGUACCAGCGCACCUCGCCACCGGUGUUGCAAGUGGUGACCUAUACCCACGCACAAAACUCCCGAUGAGCAUCACGAGCAACAGUAGGCCUGGCAGGAAUUCGUUUGGUCCCUCUCGAAGAGCCUCGACAAUUGUUCAGACACCCGACGCGAAAGGCUCAAAGCCGAUUGAUUCGUUCUUCAAGCCUAAGCGUACGCCGUUGGCCGAAUUGUCGCCAAAUGUUUUUACACCAUCACCUAGUCAGCAAGUAUUGCUGGAACAACAGAGAGAGUCAAAUGGAUGGGCCGCAGUACCCGCUCCAAUCUCCCGUUUACGACCGAAUCCUCCGACGCCUAGUACGGCGCCUCAACCACCACGACGCACCAUGACUGAUCCAACUGCGGGUAGACGUUCGGUUCCGCAUCCUUCUAAGAGACAACGACUGUGCUCCGAUUCUGUCUCCGAGACACUCGCCGCUGGCGACGAUGGUGUUGUGCGGAGCCAAUUUUUCGCACCUUCUAUACCAGAACCAAGCCCAACCUUGCACCGAGAGAAGAGUAGGAGGAGGAAGACCGACCAGGACUUCGAGCUCUAUUCGGAUGACUCAAUACAGGAGGUUAUGGCCGAAGUGGCUGAUCUAGAGCAAGCGGCAUCUGCCCCCAAGAAGAAGCUACGGGUCUUCAGUGAUACACAGUCCAGCUUUAGGAGCGAAUCACAGUCGACGGUCUUCUCCAGGGGCAGCACUGCGCAAUCACAAGAUACUAUCGGCACUCUCACGCCGGCAUCCUCCCCCGAGCCCGAGACCGUCUUCAGCGCUGCAAUCUCAUCCACAAUGAGUGAGCUGCGAUCAAAGUUCACAUACAAGUCUCCCUCGCCAGCACCGAGUAUACCAAGAGCUGGUAAGAGUCGUCUGAACCGUCGGCCCACUGAGGCAUGGCAACCUACACCACCAUCUCAAGCUUCUGCUCUUACAGUCUUUUCGGCGCCCGAUGAGGAACCCAUCAUCCCCGGAACACCGUCCAAGAAAGAUAUAGACGUGAAACUUGCAGUCUCUGCUUGGGCGGCUGUAGAGGCCGAGGUAGUCAUAGCCGCGAGCUCACCGCCUCCUAUGACGCCUGCGAAGAGGAGGAGAUCAUCACUGAAGGGGAGCGAAGACCUCCUUGUUCCGGAUAGCGAAGCCGAGAGCGAGUGCUCACCCCGAAAACCGUUGUUUAACCUUAAGCGAUUUGCAUUUGCUGGUUAG